AUGGCCCUUCGAGUCAAUAUCCCGCCCGCGACCCGCGUCUGCCUCAUCAGCCUGCUCACCCUAUCCUUGUUGUACAACAUCGCCAGAUGGCGACAGAUUGACACCACCGGAGGAACUCCCUCGGUCGCCCCCAUAAUCCCCUAUUUGACCCUCGUGCCAUCGCUGGUCCUCUUCUAUCCUUGGACUCUUUUGACGGCGACGUUUGUGGAGCAGAACAUCUUCACCGUGCUUUUGAACGGGGCCACUCUAUUCUAUGGCGGAAAGUACUUGGAGCGCGCGUGGAGUUCUCGGGAAUUUGCGAAAUUCAUCCUCACCAUCGCGGUAGUCCCAAAUGUGGUCAUCGUCCCGUUCUACCUGAUCUGGGCUGCGAUUCGGGGAACCCCAUCUAGCAGUGUAAUCCAGAUUUGCGGCGGGAUAUCGAUCCAAGCCUCUUUCCUCGUCGCUUUCAAGCAGCUCGUACCCGAACAUACGGUAACCCUCUUCAAGGGCUUGGUGAAGAUGCGCGUGAAGCAUUUCCCCGCCCUCUUCUUGUUUCUGAACACCCUUAGCGGGGUCUUGUUCGGCACGCAUGUGGCUGCCAUCCUGUCUUGGUUUGGAUUGUUGACCAGCUGGUCCUAUCUACGAUUUCUCAAGCGACAGCCAGACCUUACCGGCACGAGCACGGAUGGGUUGGGCAUCAAGGGCGAUGCGAGCGAGACUUUUGCCUUCGCCUGUCUCUUCCCCGACGUCGUCCAGCCCCCUAUUGCAUUCGUCUCCGAUCAGAUCUACAUUCUACUUGUCACACUGAAGAUAUGCACACCAUUUUCGGAAGAAGACAUUGCGUCCGGCAAUGAACAGGUCCUUGCAAGAGGUGAGGCCGGUCUCCCUAGCCUUCUUACCAGCCAGAGAGGCGGCGCGAGGGGCAUAGCAAAGCGGGAAGAAGCCGAGAGGAGACGCGCCUUAGCUCUCAAGGCUUUGGACCAGAGACUCCAGGCAGCAGCUGCGGGAAGGGCACCGCCUAACCAGUCUGCCUCAAACCAAGCAGGGCCCAGUCAAACACAGACAGCAACGCCGACGGUAUCAACGGGACAGGCUAUGCUGGGUGAGACCAGUUACACGCCAGACCACUCCUAA